CUAAUACGGUGAGCUUCGAUUAGCAGCUCCCUAAUAAAGCAGAGAGCAUUCGACUUCAAAGGAAAAACGCUCAAAACACUUCUGGCAAGAAAUCCCGCUCGAUCCCAUUACAAAGAGCUCGCUUCUCGAAACAGGUUCAGCAGGCUUGGAAGCUAUUUGACUUUUGUUUGCUUUUCCGACGACGAUUUAGUUGCAGGUGUGCGUUAUAGGAGCUUGGUCUUGGUUUCGAGUCUGUGAAGAUGCUCCCUCUUUCACUACUGAAGACAGCACAGGGUCAUCCUAUGCUGGUGGAGCUGAAGAAUGGAGAAACUUACAACGGGCAUUUGGUGAAUUGCGACACUUGGAUGAACAUUCAUCUACGUGAAGUUAUCUGUACUUCGAAAGAUGGAGACAGGUUUUGGCGAAUGCCAGAAUGCUAUAUCCGUGGGAAUACAAUUAAGUAUCUUCGAGUUCCAGAUGAGGUAAUUGAUAAAGUUCAGGAAGAAACCAAGAGCCGUGCAGAUAGGAAGCCUCCUGGAGUAGGACGUGGGAGGGGAAGAGGGAGAGAGGAUGGUACUGGGAGGUCAGCAAAAGGCAUUGGGCGUGGCCAAGAUGAUGGAAGCAGUAAAGGUGCAGGUGGACGGGGUAGAGGCGGAUCUGGUGGCAGGAGUGGUGCAAAUAGAGGUGGGGGACGUGGUCGUGGCUAAUAAGACUUUUAAGGAUCAAACAAUGGAAAGGAGUAGAGUUGCCACUUUUUAAGGAGAUUUUAUUCCUUGCAUACAAAUCUCCAGGUGGAGUAAUGGUAGAUGAAUCUUUUAUAUAUUCUCUACUGCAUUGUUGGAGUUCGUUCAAAAGGAUUGCUUCAGAGGACCAGAUUAGUGGUGAAGAAAGAAGCGUUUUUUCUUGGUUGCUUUCUUUUCUUGUGUUUUUAAGAUCAUAAUAUAGACUAUAGCGUAAACAAAGUGCUUGCCAAUUUUUAUGUUUCUUUUAACAGAUUAUCCUGAUUUUCUGGUCACAGCUAGCAUGGUCCUCAAGAUCAUUUAUUUUCAUACUUUUAAUGUAUAAGCAGUAAACAGUUAUUAUCUACUUCUAUCGCUUGAAAUGGUUGCGGCAAGUGGUUCUUUCAA